AUGUCUGAGAUAGUCAACGAGGCUUGGCAAAAAUACCUUAAGCAACUUCAGCUUCAUCCUCUCAGAACCAAGGCAAUAACAGCAGGGGUUUUAGUUGGGUGCAGUGAUGCAAUAGCCCAGAAGAUCUCUGGGGUCAAGAAGCUUCAAUUGAGAAGAUUGAUUCUUAUGAUGUUCUAUGGAUUUGCAUACUCAGGACCAUUUGGGCACUUCCUCCACAAAUUAAUGGAGAUUAUAUUCAAGGGAAAGAAGGGCAAGGAAACUGUUGCUAAGAAGGUGUUGCUGGAACAAUUAACAACUUCUCCGUGGAACAACUUCUUUUUCAUGAUGUACUUUGGCUUGGUUGUUGAAGGAAGGCCAUGGGAUUUAGUGAAGAGUAAAGUAAGGAAGGACUACCCAUCUGUUCAGUUGACUGCAUGGAAGUUUUGGCCUAUAGUUGGUUGGGUGAAUUACCAGUAUAUGCCUCUGCAGUUCCGAGUUCUAUUUCACAGCUUCAUUGCCUCAUGCUGGGCGAUCUUUUUAAAUCUAAAAGCAAGAUCUGUAGCAAUCAAGAAGGCGUAG